AUUAAUUACUAAGUGUCAGUUUGAUAUUUUUUACAUAGAUUAAGAAAAUUAUUAGAAUGUGUUUAAGUUGUUAUUAAUUACACAUAUUUUGAACAAUAAUAUUUGAGAUAAAUAAAAUUAUUUAUAAAAUUAAUGCAAUUUACAAUUAAUUUUUAGUUGUAAGUAAUAUAAUUUUGAUUGAAAUUUUGAAGUGACAAUUUUUGUGUAAUACGAAAAAAUGAUAUUCCAUCCGUUUCACUAAGAUACAUGUUUUAGAAAAAAAAUUGUUUCACAAAGAUAAAUGUUCUAUUUUCUAUAAAAAAAUUUGUAAACUUCAAUAAAAUUAAUUAAGUUUAUUAAAUUAUUAUUGGUUAAAAGUUAUUAAAAUUUGAAAAUUACAAACAACAACAUUCAUUAUAGUGAUUUAAUGAGUUUUUUUAAUAAAUGUGAAAAUAAUAGAAAAUCUAUCUUUGUAAAAUGAUCGAAUACAAACGAUGGAAGUAGUUAUUAUUUUGGAUGACAUUGGUAAAGACUAAUUGGCAUCAAACUGUUGACGAAAUGUAAAUGGGUUCUGUGAAAUUGAAGUUUCUAAAAAGAAAAAUUCACUUUUACAAUAUUUCGAUCAUCAAAAAUGACUAAAUAAUUCAUUAGCGAAUAAAAAUUUUAAAGAAAUCAUUGUUAAAUUCUUUUUUUUUUUGGUUUUUAUCGUUUUGUAAUAUAUGUUGCUUAUGUAAUAAUUGAUUUUCGGAGUUUAUGUAAUGAUGUUGUAAACUCGUUUUAAUUUCAGUGAAAUUACUUUACCGGAAAAGAAAAGUUUUGUAAGUUGGUUCCAAUAUUAGUGGGCUUACAUUAAAGUUCAUUAACAGCAUGGGCCCAUUAAUGGCUUUCUUUCGUGUAACGUACGUCCGAAAAACCCUAACCCUCCUCAUUAUGGGGAAGACACUUCUUAUAAAUACACAGCUUUGCCCUAGCAGUAACACGCUUUGUUUUUCACCGUUCGUGCAGAGAAGAAGAAGAAGAAGAGGAACGAUGAAGGUUAUCGCUGCUUUUCUCCUCGCGAAACUCGCCGGAAACGAGAACCCAACCAAAGGUGAUCUGAAAAACAUCUUCGAUUCCGUUGGAGCUGAGUUCGACGAGACGAAGACGGAUCUGUUCUUUUCUCUGGUGAAGGAUCACGACGUGACGGAGCUGAUCGCGGCUGGGAGGGAGAAGAUGGGGGCUCUAUCUUCCGGUGGUGCAGCUGUUGCUAUGGUGGCUGGAGCAGGAGGCGACGCUCCUUCCGCGGCUGAGCCAGCGGCGGAAUCUAAGAAGGUUGAGGAAGAGAAAGAGGAGUCGGAUGAUGGUGAAGGCAUGAUGAGUCUCUUUGAUUGAGGAUCUGAUCUUUUAAGAUCUAAACAGCUUUUUAUUUUUUGUUUUUAAUGUGGGAUUCUAUGGAUGGAUCGUUGUUGCUACCUUCGGAUAAUUUCAAUAUUUUAAUUAAAUCUAUCUGAUGCUCGAAUUAUGACUCG